UUGUUUUCUUUCCUAAAUCAUUGGAUCCCGGAACACAUGUUGGAAGUUCCAUGUCCUGAGGAUGCAGGGGUAAGAGCUAGCAUAUCUUUUUGUUCCCAACAUAAGUUUAGUUAAUUAGAUCAGUAGGUUACAUGCAGGGUGAAGUUGCUAGACUAGACUAGGACUUUCAUUCGUAGUUGUAGUAGAUAGACUAAUAGACUAUAUGUAUUGUGCUAGUUGAUGCCGCAGUAACUAAGCUUGAGUCUGCAAGAAAGUUGCUUUAUGUUAUCGCAUAGGAGUAGACAGGUUCUGAUAUGGCUGCCCCUGACUUAUUUUAUUUGUGUUCUUUUUUGCUUAGGUCCUUUUCGAGGUCCAAGUAGAGCACUUAAAUAUAAAAAACUGAGAAUUACCGAACCAGGAAAGGUUAAGGUUCAUAUUCCAUCCUCAUUGGGAGCUGCUGUGGGUAAGAAUGCAAACCAAUUUGUGGGUGAAUGUGCUGAUUGGGUGAAGGAAAUAUGCCCUCUUAAUGUUCAAAGCUGGAAUGAUAUGCCUGAAGACGCAAUAGAUCGGUUGUAUAGUAGGAUUCAUGCAAAGUUUGACUUCGGUGAAGGUGCACACAUUCCAAAAGCGAUACACAUUCAGUGCUCUAACCUUUAUAGGCAUUGGAGAGAAAGGUUGAAGGCUGACCAUUUUACAAAGUGCAAAACUUUGAAAGAAGCAGAACGUGCUUGUCCAGCAACUAUAGACCUUACCCAAUGGAGGUGGCUUAUAUAUAAUUAUUGGGGCAAUCCUAAACAGAGGGAAAAGAGUGAAAAGAAUCGGGCGAAUGCUCUUUCAAAGAAGAUCAAGUCCGCAUGUGGUUCCAAAUCAACCGCUAGGAUAAUUUAUGAAUUGGAACUUGAGGCAGAAAAUGAGCAGGAGGUCAAUGAAGAUGAGCAGGAGGUCAAUGAAACUAAUGGUGAUCCUAUAUAUUUGAAGCUAUGGGAAAAGUCAAAGAGGCAUAAAAAUGGGAAGUUUGACGAUGAGGCCGAAAUCAAGUACAAGGCAUUUAAAGAGUUACAUGAAAAAGAAGUCAGAGAGAAAGGAGCUGACAAUCUUAUUUUGGAUAUUGCCUACAAAGAAGUGCUUGGAUAUCGUUCGGGUUAUGCACGUGGGUUAGGUAAAGGUCACCCUGUGUUAUCCAAGGAUGGGAAGAAAGGAAGAGCAGAGCUAGAAGCUAAUGUGGAGCAUCUGCAGAAUGAAAAUAGCAUGAUCAGAGCAGAAUUUGAGUCUCAUAAACUGGAGGCUAAGAAGAAACAGCAAGAAUUAGAACAAAAGCUUCAGUUAAUCAUGGACAAGAUUGGCUUGACAUAAAUAAGGAAAUAUGGUUUUUUUGGCCUUGACGAGUUUGCUGAUCGGUACAUCUUCUUUCGGAGUCCAUCUUUUGUUGCAUGAGAAGUUGGUUUUCCUGCUAACUUCACAUACUCAGUUAUGCUUAGGAGCUUUAUGAAGUUGUAAGAACUAUUUUGUAAUUAGGAUGUAAAGUCAUUGCUUGCUGCAGUCAGGAAAUUCAUCUUU